GAGCAAGGGUGUACUCAGGAGAGGCCACAAUAAAGGCAUCUACAUAUCAUGACAUCUACAUCUGGUUUGUGCGAUGCUUCGAUUUGGUCUCGAUGAUACUGCUUCUGCAUCACCUGCCAUUUCCGGAAGUCCGUACUUCACGGCCUCCGCCCGCAGACGCUCUCCUGCUGCUCGAACGGCAGCGACUACAGUCGCUUGUGAACCCUAAUGCGAACGCGCUCCACAUCCCACAGAUUGCACGGAAUAUGCGGCAGCUGCGCGCCGGACUGGAGGAACCUGCGGGCAACUCCGGCUCCGACGCCGACGCCGAGCCAUUCACGCCCUACACAGAUGACCCCGAGGCAGGCUACACGAACGACGAGAUGCUGCAGAUGCAGCGGCAAAUGAUGAAUGACCAGGACGUGCACCUCGACCGGCUCUCGCAGUCGGUAAACCGCCAGCGUGACCUGUCCCUCCAGAUCAACGAUGAGCUGGACGUGCAUACGGGAUUAUUAGAGGAACUCGACCACGAGCUCGACCACACUGGGAGCAGGCUGAGCGGCGCGAGGAAAAACUUGGAGAGGGUGGCGAAGGGGGCAAGGGAGAACGGCUCGACGGUCAUGAUCGCCAUCCUGAUUCUCGUGCUACUCAUCCUCAUCAUUAUAUUCAAGACAUAACACUGACUCUUGCGAACACCUCUCGCGUAUUCUCCCUUGCAUAUCACCGCGCUUCAUAUACGAGCACUCAUCUGCACAUAGCUCACUUAUCCUAUAUGUAUAGUACGCUAGCAUAAUAUCCCGGGACACAUGGAUUUUUGAUACCUUUAGGUCUUCAGUCGAAUGUCCUUAUCACCUUGGAGGUCCCGCUAAUUGUGGGUGGCUAUGAAAUGAACAAGGUCUUCGUC